AUGAUAUGUCCGUACCACGCUGCCGUCGCCAGCAUCACCAUCGGAGGGGUCGCCAGCAGGUUCUGUCAGCAGUGUGGCAAGUUCCAGCCCCUGGCCGACUUUGACGAUGAGAAGCGGACGUGCCGCCACAGGCUGGAGAUGCACAAUGCGCGGCGAAGAAAGAAGCCGGACAGCGCCUACCUCACGCUGGAUACGGCGGGGACGGACGGCAUGACGGACAGCGGCAUGCUCUCCCACAACAGCUCCUCCAAGGGGGAUAGCGCCGGCACCACGCCGCUCGCCAAGCUGUACAUGGACUCCUGGGACUCCGCCCAGCCCAUGGACGAUGGGCUCCUGUCCUUCCUGGACCCCAUCCCCGCGCUGUCCUGCCCGCUGAUGAGCGAUCCCCCCUCCUCCACCCUGGGCCUGUCCACCGAGGACUUGGACGGCAUCCUGGACGACCUGUUUGGCGGGCUGGCUGCCGAGACGGGCCUGGGCGUGGACGACGCCUGGGCGGCGGAGGCGGCGGUGCCGCUGCACGCGCUGGCGCCCUUCCCGCGCAUGGCGCGCAUCAGCCUGAAGCUGUACGGCGUGGAGCCCGGGUCGCUGCCGGCCUCACUGCAGGAGUCGCUGGUGGACCUGCUGCGCUGCCCCCCGGGCGACCUCGAGGGCGCCAUCCGCCCCGGCUGCACCCACCUCGAGCUGCUGGGCUGGGCUGAGAAGCACGGGGUCACAUGGGCGGGCAGCGCCCCGACCUCGAGGCCCGAGGCCGCGCACUCCGCGCCGCCGAGCGAGGUCGCCGCGGGCGCGGCGACCGGUCUGCGCCGGCGCGCGGCGGCGCAGGCGGCGCCAGCCGAUCCGCGCGCCGACGCGCCCGCCGACGAUUCAAACACCCCCGUCGACACCCCCUCGGGCAGCCCGGCCCGGCCGGCGCUGGAGGAGAGCCUAGUGGGACCCCUCCCAGACGGCCCCGCCGAGGCCCCGCUGGACAGCCCCGCCUACGCCAAGCCCGCCAAGGUGGUGGGCGACGCCUGGGUCAGCGACGAGGACGCGCGCGAGGGCGAGGCCGUGGUCGCCGGGGUCAAGGCCGGCGACGACCUGUCCCGCCGCGGCUCGGGCCUGGACGACGGCCCUGGCCGCGACGGGGGCGACACGCGGUGGGAGGUGGAGCGCCUGCUGCAGCGGUAUGAGCGCCGCGCCGCCACGCCCUCCUGCUUCCUCUGGGACUGGAUGUUCCGGGCGUGA